UUAAUUUCUGUUGUAGGUUUAGCGAAGAUGGGACAAAUGUUCAGUAUGUUUGGUUUUGUGCAAGUGGAACAGUCAAGUGUGGCGAUCAAGGAAGUUUUCGGGAAGUACAAUGAUGUUCUCGAUCCUGGUUGCCACUGUGUGCCGUGGUAUUUCGGCAAUCGUGUGGCUGGUGCACUUUCUUUGCGUAUACAACAGCUAGAUGUUCGUUGUGAAACCAAGACAAAGGACAAUGUGUUUGUUACUGUGGUUGCCUCUAUCCAGUAUCGAGCAUUGGCAGAAAAGGCAUCAGAUGCUUACUACAAACUCAGCAAUACCAGAGCACAGAUACAAUCCUAUGUCUUUGAUGUUAUAAGAGCAAGUGUUCCAAAGAUGGAACUAGAUGCUACUUUUGAGCAGAAGACCGACAUCGCAAAAACAGUGGAGGAAGAACUUGAAAAGGCUAUGUCAGCAUAUGGGUAUGAGAUAGUUCAGACUCUUAUUGUGGAUAUUGAGCCAGAUGAGCGUGUGAAGAGGGCCAUGAAUGAAAUUAAUGCUGCUGCAAGAUUGAGGGUGGCUUCGAACGAGAAAGCGGAAGCAGAGAAGAUAGUGCAGAUAAAGCGAGCAGAAGGGGAUGCAGAAUCAAAGUACCUAGCAGGCCUUGGAGUUGCUCGUCAGCGUCAAGCCAUAGUAGAUGGCUUGAGAGACAGUGUGCUUGCUUUCUCCGAGAAUGUUCCCGGGACAACAUCAAAGGAUAUCAUGGACAUGGUUCUCAUGACCCAAUAUUUUGACACAAUGAAGGAUAUUGGUGCAUCCUCAAAAUCCAAUGCUGUUUUCAUUCCACAUGGACCUGGUUCUGUACAUGACGUUGCUUCACAAAUUAGGGAUGGUCUUCAACAAGGAAAUGCAACAAAGUCUUGAUCACUUGCAUAAGCUAGUAGGUUUAGCUACAAAACUAUGUGUGUAGGGGACAACAUAUAGUUGUAUUCUUCUAAGUAUUUUUGUUGUUGUUCUUCAAUUCAAUAAUCUGCAUAAUAAAGGUUUGCAUAGGUUAUCCAAGUGAACCCAUCAUAUCUUCUUGACCACACCAUAACUUUUUUUUUUUUA